GUGAGCAUUCGCAGAAAUCCCAACGUCGACCGUGACCUCGAAAAAGCAACUACAAAAUGGCUCCAGUAAUGUCAGACCGCGAACAAAUCCAGAAUGUCGUCUCGCUGUACUGUCGAUGUCAGGAUACAAGAGACUGGGAUCGCAUGAGACUGGUCUUUACGCCAGACGCAAUCUGCGACUACCCCAGCCCUCCUCUGGCGAGGUUCGAGAAUCUCAAGGACCUAGGAGAACAAAUGGGGGCUUUGCUCAAGGAUUUGAAAACGCUGCACAACAUCACGACCCACUAUAUCGAGUUCACCAGCGACACCACCGCCCGCUCUGAGGCAUACACAGUCGCUUACCACUGGGGAACCGGCGACAGGGAGGGCCAGUGCUGUGUCGCCACGGCCAUUGCCACUGACGAAUUUGUCAAAGGCGUCUUCGACGGCAAGGAGUGUUGGAGGAUCAAGUUUCGCAAAUUCGUCAUCCCUGCUCCACCGGUGGGAGAUGUCGGUCUGCUUUUCCCGACAGGAAACACUACCAUGCCGAAGGAAUAUAUGAUAUCUCAGUAGAGAUCACGCUUGAUCGGAAGCGCAGUGAACGUGGACAUUAGGCUGGCGGGGAAAUAGAGCUUCAGAUCUUCAAAGGUGCAUCUACAAUUGUCAAUCUCUGGUUGCACAAAUUAUUGAGACGCAAGAACCAGGUGGAGAAUUCAUCAGCUGGUAGACGUAUCAUACACUCAACAGAGUACUUGAUCCUGGUGAUCUAUUCCAUAGGUUGGCCUAAAGAUAUGUUUAAUCUCCG